UGCAAAGUAUGUGUCUGACCGGAAGGGCUUUAGAAAGCUGCUGCAUCAAGAGCUGAUGUCAGGUUGUUACGACAUACUGUACCUGCAUCUUGGCUCUAACGAUGUUUGCUGCAAGGAUAGCGAUUUCUACCGUUGUGUGACAGAGAUCCUUGAUGUUGUAUUCAGUGUGUGCACUGAAAUACACGUGGUGCUUUGCGAGAUUCUUCCACGCGAUUUUGAUGUGAGAAUGUUUCCCCGAUGGCCACUCUCAGGGGCACAGUUGAGGAACUACUGCCAGUGGAUAAGGAGCGCAAACAGCAUGCUGUGGGAACUGAGUCACCAUGUGCCUUCUGUGAGAUACAUGGACUAUGGAGCAACUAAACAGAAGUCCCUGUACUUGUCCCAUGAUGGACUACAUCUGAGUGCUGAAGGGGCUAGGAGGUGUUUAGCAUCCAUACAGGACGACCUGCCAAACCAGCUGUGUGUGGAGGCUGCUGUUCAAGAUCCUACAGAAUGGCCAGCUCUCUCAGCCACGGAAGUACCGGUUCAGGAGCAUGACAGCACCAUAGCACUCUUUUCGGAUAUUGUGCAGACUGGAGCUCAACCAGAGAUUCAAGACAAGGUGGAUGCAAGUGAAGUACCAGUUCCCAGGGACAUUAAGUUGUCACAGCCAGAGCUAAGAGGUCUGCAACCAGAAAUACCAAAAGAUAUGGAAAGAAGGUAA